UAAAAACUCACGCCCCAUUUUUGCUCCUUUUCCUCUCCGUGAGUACCGCACCGGCAUUCCCAUAUCGUUCUGUUGAUAGGGCCUGUCGGUUACCUCGUUUUCUUGUUGCACAAAAUGCUGGGCAUAUUGCAUAACACUGUGACACAAAACAGAAUGUACAGGGAAGAUUUGACCACCGCAGAGAUCGAAGAAUUCGUUUCAAAACUCAAAAAGCUGCCCGGCUGUUUGGACAUCGGCCAAGAUGAGGCUGAAAAGGCUGCUUUGUUAUUCCUACGUGCCAGAAAACGCGAUGUCAAUAGAGCUGUUGAAUUAUACAAGGCCAAUAAGCGUAUGCGUUACACUGAGAAUGUCGAUUCAAUCGACCCAUUAGAUGAGGGCGUUCGAAAAGAGCUCAUUUCUGGAAAAUUCACCAUGCUGCCCAACACUUGUGGUGAACAUGGGGAUGGUGAUGGCGGUGAUUUGGGUGCAACGGUCGCAAUUUUCACCGCAAAUCGACAUUGGCCUCCGUUGACCACACACCGAGACACCUUGAAAGGUGUCCUGUAUCAGUUGGACGUCGCUAUGAUGGAUGAACAGUCCCAGCGUAAGGGGCUCGUAGUGCUGUACGACAUGCGGGAAGCAAAAUAUGCCAAUUUUGAUUACCAUCUGUGCAUCAAACUGCUGAACUUAUUCAAGGGCGUGUAUCCUGUUCGUUUGCGCAAAGUGAUCAUAGUGGAACCCCCCAUUUGGUUUCGUGCCCCAUUCGGAGUUCUGCGACUGUUCGUGAAGGAGAAGAUGCGCGAUCGGAUCUCCACAGUUGACCUGGAUGAGCUUCAUGUUCAUUUGCCUCUCUCAGUAAUUCACAAGAUCUUUCAACAACUUACUCAGCCUCGUCAUUUCGACUGGUUGCGAACAUGUUUGGAAAAGACCGGUCAUGCCUCUCGACUCCCCGAGGAUUAUUUUGUCACUCCGUCCCCCACGCACCGCACCUUGACAAACUCCGACCUUAUUUCGGACCGCUUUGGGCACUAUGGCUCGCUCCGACUUCGUCAGCCCAACCGCUUACGACACGAGUCCGAGGAUCGCUUUGGGACAGUUCAGGGGUUGGUCGGACAUCGUUACUCCACACUCGCAUCCGCGAAUGCUCCCCCGUCCUCAUCAAUGCUUCUGCGCGAUUCCAGGAGCCGUGAUCGGAUGCUGUCAUCCAUGUAUGGUACUAUCCACAAUUCAGCCGGUACCUACCAUACUACUGUCAUGUCUCCGAAAAGAACAUCCAACUCAGGAUCGGUCCGCAUUUCAAAGACUCGACAGCGAAACAACAGCUGUCUCCGAUCUUUCUCCCCAGCUUCCUCAACAGAAUUAUCCAUACCGACGAACGAGACUACUGCUUCAUCGCCUACCCGCUUGACGGUCCCUGAGUUCAUUCAUCGUGUCCAUACACUGGGCGCAUUAGGCUUGUGCGCCGAGUUUGAAGCUAUGUUCAAAGACCAACCCAUUCGCGGCUCAUUCGAUCAGUUUAUGCUCUCGGAAAAUCGCCGACGCAAUCGAUACUUGGAUGUUCCUUGUCUGGAUUCGUCGGCAGUGGAACUCUCCGAUGGAACCUACCUGCACGCGAAUUGGGUGCAUGGAUAUCGAAGUCCCCGCGCGUACCUCUUGGCACAAGGUCCCUUGGAUAACACGAGACGCGAUUUUUGGUUGGCUGUAUGGGAGCACCGCGUUCCUGUGGUAGUAAUGUUGACCAAAAUAGUAGAGGGACAGCGAGUCAAGUGCGCUCCAUACUGGCCAUCCAGAGCCUCCGUCUCUUCUUCCCAUUCUUCUGGAUCUAGCCCAUUCCUCCUCUAUCCACUGAGGGGCGCCUCGUCAGAUCUGGGUGGCCCAAAUCCCACUGACCCUGAAGAUCCCAAGGAUCAGUCCCAACCCUCAGCCUCUUAUGGGGAGUUUCACUUGGUGAAUAUAUCCGAGACGAUGGAACACGAUGGUCUGUAUCGACGAACCCGAUUGGAACUAACACGAAAGGGGACAAGUUCUCCAAACGACCGGAUAUCCCCCAAGCUUCCCGUUGCUCAAAACAAAAGUCAUCCAUCCGCCGAUUCCUCCGAGGUUUUCCAUGUCGAUCACUUUCUUUUCCUUGGUUGGCCAGAUUUCGAUGUGCCGUCUGACACAGAAGGUUUCCUGACUUUUUUAAAGGAUGUCAAAACGUUGCACAAAGCCAGAUGUGACGAAUUAUGUUGCGUCAGCAACGGCGAUUUGAACUCCCAGCCGCUUUGCCCCAAGAACUUCCCCCUCUUGAUCCACUGUAGCGCGGGUAUCGGUCGAACUGGUACGUUCGUUACCGUUGAUAUCUGUUUGCAACAGGCUCUCAAUGAGGGCUACAUCGAUGUCCCCGAUGUGAUCAAUCGGUUGCGCGAGCAGCGGGCUGGCGCUGUUCAAGUACCGAAGCAGUAUGCUUUUGCCCACUCUGCCCUUGCCUUUUCCCUCACCAAAUCACGUGGUGCUCAACAUUAGACUAUUUACUCCCGCCGUUUGUCUUCCUUUCCGUACACCGCAGUCCAUGUCCUCGCUCUUAACUUUUAGAGCUGUUGCUCAACCAAGCGUUUUGACAUUGUACAACUCGACUUGUCCCUUAACCUGUCAACCAUUGUUCAGUGACAUCAACAGUUGAGCUGGCGCCUUGCUUCUUCCCCAUCUGCCUCUGAUCACUUUUAGUUUACAUUCGCACACCGUCUGAACAACUUUCAAUACCUCUUUCUGUACAUACCUGUGUUCACUUUGCUCAACCACCCUUACCAGAUGUUCCCCAUUCGCCCUACGUUCUCACCACAUGCAUCAUUGGUGAUCACGGUGUAAAACUCUUCACUUUUGUAAAAGACGUGGUUGAGCAUUGCACAUUACACGGUGCGCCUGUGUCGUACUGCUUGCUUUCUGCCCUGUGAGACUGUGACUGUCUGACUGCUCAGUCAGGCUUCUUGCCAACCGAAGGAAUACAAAAGGCCAGAACUCGGUAGACAGAGUAUAUCUACA